AUGUUUUUAAUAUCACUAGAUAUUAGUUCUGAAACGAAUGUUAAAGAACAACGAAUUGAAAAUCAAAUUGAAGAUAAUUUAAGGGAAAACGAUUUAAAGAAGAACGAUUUAAAGAAGAACGAUUUAAAGAAGAAUGAUUUAAGAGAGAAUGAUUUAAGGGAGGACAAUUUAAAGGAGGAUGGUUUAAAGAAGAAUGGUUUAAGGAAGAAUAGUUUAGAAGAAGAUAAUAGUUAUGCAAAGGCACCAGAUGAGAAUUCAACAAGUAUAAAAAUUGUAACUUCAACCGAAAUAUCACAUAAGGACAAUGAAAAUGAUUUUGAAAGAUAUAAUUUUCCUCAAGAAACUUUUAUAAUACUUUAUAAUUCAUCUAAUGAGUUCGAAGCUGCUAAUGAUGAAAUAUUCUCUAAUACUACUGAAAUAUCCUCUAAUACUACUGAAAUAUCCUCAAAUACUACUAAUUCAUAUGAUUUUAUAAAUCUUCUAGAAAUUCAUAAAAAUAAAAUAUUCACUACAAGAAGAAUGCAAAAUAUGGCUAGUUGGUUUGAUGUUUAUUGUUAUAAAUUGCAUGUUGCUAUUUUAAACCUUGCAGUUGAAUUUUCUGAAACACAUGAAAUAGAAGGGGAGCCAUCAAUUAGUGAGUUAUCUGAAUUCAUAAGUGAAGAUGUCUGGAAGAAAGUACUCCAACUGCAUUUGAAAGCCACCGAUUAUCCAGUUCUGAAAAAUGAUCCUGUGAUGUUUACAAAGCUUGGCACUUUUGUAUAUCAAGCAGUUAAGAAAGUUCUUGUUGUGAUUAAUAGCGAACAAAAUACUAGAAAUACAAUUAGGAAAUAUGACGAAAUUACUUUAGAUUUAUGA